AUGAAUGCCAAAAUAUCAUUAUUAAAUGGGUCAACUGAAUACUAUCUUUAUGCUUACGGAGCGAAUGACAACAAAAUUUCUGUUGACCUACCGCAACCGAUGAUUGCAAAUACUUUUGCUGCGAGUGGUAUCACAAAUAACAAUAACACCUUCUUACUUGCUCAGCCGGAAUCGAAUAACUCUUGGACUUUACUCACCUACCAAUUGCCCAAGGUUUUUGGUGAUUUAGAUCAUGGAUACAAUAAUUUCCAUGUUAAUACCACCAGUCCGAGCAUUAAUGGUGUUAUCUCGCAGGCAGCUACUAAUAUUAAUAUCACCUUCCAUGAUAUUAUUUAUUUAUCGGAAGGCGAAGAUGGGUUGACGGUUACAGUGCCGCUGAAUGCUAGUACAUUCAGUCAACCAGGAAAACAAUACUCCAUAUAUAUGGAAUAUGAUUUUGUAAAGACGGCAGCUAUCACCGGUAUGUAUCGUAUGAAAUCCGAUUUGGCCAAAGACAAGAUACCCCCACCAGCAGAUUUCCUUGAUAAAUGUCGCCGUAAAAUCGCAAGAUGGGGGAGAUUCAAGUCAUCUCGUCUAGGUUUGCAUCCAAGAUACCAGAUCGUUGACGCCGGUACCCAUUCCGAAACGAUGCUUAUUGCCGUCGAUAUAGGACCACCAGAGAGUGAAGAUGACAUCGAUGCUUUGGGGACAAUACAUUAUUUGAAUAUCGCAGCCUCAAUUAUGGAUACGGACAUAGACCCUAAUUAUGGUGUUGUGCCGCUACCUGGGUAA